UGCCAGCGGUGCGCGCCGCUGACGCGCGAAGAUGAAAUUCCCGGGCUCAGUGCUGGCGUCAGUGUUCCUGUUCGUGGCUGAGACGAUGGCGGCGCUGUACCUGAGCAGCACUUACCGCUCGGGCGGGGACGGCAUGUGGCAGUCCCUGACGCUGCUUUUCUCGCUGCUGCCCUGCGCGCUCGUGCAGCUCACGCUCCUCUUCGUGCACCGCGACUUCAGCCGCGACCGGCCUCUCGUGCUGCUGCUGCACCUGCUACAGCUCGGGCCCCUCUUCAGGUGUUUUGAAGUCUUAUGCAUCUAUUGUCAGUCAGGCCACAUCGAAGAGCCAUAUGUCAGCAUCACCAAGAAGCGACAGAUGCCAAAAAAUGGCUUCUCAGAGGAAAUUGAGAAGGAAGUGGGCCAGGCAGAGGGCAAGAUGUUCACCCACCGAUCUGCAUUCAGCCGGGCAUCGGUGAUCCAGGCUUUCCUGGGCUCAGCCCCACAGCUGACCCUGCAGCUAUAUAUAAGCACCUUGCAGCAGGACAUCACUGUCGGAAGAUGUGUCUGCAUGUUGCUCUCCCUGUUGUCCAUUGUGUAUGGAGCCUUGCGCUGCAACAUUCUAGCCAUCAAGAUCAAGUAUGAUGAAUACGAUGUGAAAGUGAAGCCUCUGGCCUAUGUCUGCAUCUUCCUCUGGAGGAGCUUUGAGAUUGCCACUCGAGUUAUUGUCCUAGUCCUCUUUACCUCCGUCUUGAAGGCCUGGGUGGUACUGGUUGUACUCAUCAACUUCUUUAGUUUCUUCUUAUACCCCUGGAUCCUCUUUUGGUGCAGUGGCUCCCCAUUUCCUGAGAACAUCGAGAAAGCCCUCAGUCGAGUGGGCACCACCAUCGUGCUGUGCUUCCUUACCUUACUUUAUGCCGGUAUCAACAUGUUCUGCUGGUCAGCUGUGCAGCUGAAAAUCAACAGCCCUGACCUUAUCAGCAAGUCCCAGAACUGGUACCGGCUACUGAUGUACUACAUGCUGAGAUUUAUUGAGAAUGCCGUCCUCCUCCUUAUGUGGUAUCUUUACAAGACCGAUAUCUAUAUGUAUGUGUGCGCACCUCUGUUGAUUUUGAAGUUGCUCAUUGGGUACUGCACAGCCAUUCUAUUCAUGCUGAUAUUCUAUCAGUUCUUCCACCCUUGCAAAAAGCUCUUUUCCUCCAGUGUUUCUGAAAGCUUUCAGCGGUGGGUAAAGUGUAGUUGCUGUCACUGCCGGUGGCAGAAAUCCUCAGAUUCCUUAGGAAAGACAGAUGUAAGGUCAUCCGGAGACAGAGAUGAGACACCUUCUAGCAGUAAAAUAAGUUCUAUGCCUAGCCAGAUCUUGAAUGCUGAUGAUCUCUGCUCUGCUUAAUGGGACCUGAAUCUCUUGGGGCAAAGACAUAUUGUUUUCUGGGUUGAUUACUGUUCUUUAUACAGGUGAUGAGCCCUGCACAGUUAACAAAGCAGGAAGUUAGCUCUUGCCACCUUGUGAGUUUCUACCCUUUAGAGAGCUCUUGGGUGUGUGGGAACUAUGGAGAGAAGCCAGGGAAACUCCUGAGUGUUGGAGUAACAGUCUAAGGCAUCACCAUUCAGAGACAACCAUGUUCUCCCAGGUGUUACUGGUUUUUUCACUGACAAAGUACCCAUGAUAUCUGAGUUGAGCUGGUUAGAUCUAUCAGGUAGAAUGAUGACAGGGACUCUCUUGUUUUCUAGUUUUCUGGACUUCUGAUCUGGGUAGCCUAAUGUUUUAUUAUCCUUGAACAUAGUUUUCACCCAAGAGCUGGCUUGAUGAUUGGAGAAUGUUACUGGGAUUUUGCCAUUGGCAACUUCAUUACUGUUAGAGCUUUCAGAGAGGGCUGUUCAGGUUUAGUUUUUGAAUAGACAGGUGUUUCAUUUUCAUUUCAUUAGGGCUCUUUUUACGUAACCAACAGUAGCCACCUUGGCCUGCUUUCUCUAAUUUAUUUAAAAGUCUAGAUUUGGAGACUUUAUACCCAAAGAUCCAUGGUUAUAACAUCAAAUUCUAAAUUUGGUUAUGGAAGCCCUACAAUUUUAGGAAGGUUGUGUGUUCCUUCAACAUGUUGAAGAAGUUCUGGAACAAGAGACUUGUUAAAACAUCAAAAUGAUGUAGGCUUUUGUAAACAGAAGUCUUAACUUCUCAGGAAGGUUAAAGAUGUGAAUCCACUAGAAGGUAGGCUUAAAUCUCUUCAAGAUUCAGUCCUGUCCUACAAUUCUGGGAAAUUUUGAGUAGAAUUGCUAGGAUUUGCCUUCUUAAGAAAGAAUAAAAUAAAACUCAAAGUUUUUACUCCGCUUUUUCCUUGCCUAUUAGGAAAGUUGCAGACAAUAAUUACUUUGGUUAAGUUAAAAGAAGGUUACUUUGAUUAACUUAAAUUUUUUCUAGAAAAUCUCUACAGAGAUUUUUUUCACCUACUGCAGGUAUAUAGAACAUUUCAUUUUCUAUUAGCUGAAGGAAAAAGUUUUUUUUUUUUUUUUCUUCUCACCGAAUUAGAUGUUGACUUCAGAAGCUUUUAAAUUAUAGGGAUUAAAUGACCAGAAGAUAUUUGUCUUUAACUGAGAGCAUUUUGAUUUGCUGUGGUUGAGUUAAUUCGUACAUCUCCACUUUUAUUUUUCUACACUCUCCUAUCUUCAGUAUAAUUUCUGAACCCUAUUUGUUCCAUAAAAUUAUUGUGUAGCAUAUCCUCAGUUGUCUUGGGAAAUGCCUGGAUUUAGUGCCAUUAUUUCUACCAUAAGAACCUUGAUAAUGAAAUACCUAAAAACAAGUGACCUGUCCUUAACUAGGCUGUACAUUUCAGGCAGUGAGUUGACAGUCUAAAUACAUGGCCGAACUUUCUGACCCAUCUAGGGAUGGAGAGACUGGUACAUCUCAGCCUUCAUUUGGAAGCCUAUCUCAAGAACCAUUAUAAAAUCUGAGUCUUCAAAUAUAUUUUAAAUCAUUUUAAUGUAGAAAAUGGGUAAGCAUUUUGAGUGAUCUCAAAUCAAACUAACAGUGAUGGCCUGUCAAUUUCCCAAAGCCCAAUUAUAAACCACGUUUAUAAGGACAAAGAGGUUUGAUAACUGAAUUGGACAUUUUGUCAUCUUUAACCCUUGCUUUGGGGCCAUGUGUGUCCAUUCACUUUGGGGGAGAGAAACCACUGUUUUUUGUUUUUGGGUUUUUUUUUUUUCCUGCAUGGUGAAAAUUUGUCAUGGUGAACUGGGAAGUUUUGUUUUAAACUUAUUUAUAUUAUAUCUCUGAAAUGGUAAAACUAUAGCUCAUACUGCAGAUCUAGGUUUCCCUAAAGAUAAACAAACCAGCAGAUUCCCUCAUGUGUUGAGAGUUAAAAUAUGAUUUUCAGUUAGAAUUCCAAUUUUGAAAACUCUCAAUGCUUUGUCUAAUUAAUAUAUGUCAUAACUUGUCAUGACAGCUACUUUACUUGAAUUACUAUCAUUUGGCUGAAUGAAAGUGAAGUAUUUUCUCAAAAUAUAUUGAAAUAAGAUCACUGAACAUGUUUAGACUUUCUUUCUUCAUUACUGGAGACAGCACAGUAUACCUGUGAAGCCCUACAAGUUACUUAACUGCUGUAUGCCUCAGUUUUCUCACCCACCAAAUUUGGAUGAUAUACUUGCCCAGCCUACCUCACAGGGUUUUUGGAAAGAUCAAAUUAAAUUAUAAGUGUGAAAAUGCUUUGAAAAUAUUUUAAAGUGUCAUGUAUAUUGAAGGAGUUGUUAUAGUUAUUCAAAUCCAUAAACAGGUUUAUUAUUAUUAUUAUUAUUAUUUUUACUGUUAGAAAAAAAAAAGUGGCAUCAGCCACAUGAGUGUCUUGAGUGAAUACAAUGGCCUUUGGCCUUAUGGAAGGGCAAGUGUAAGUUGUCUUUACUCUUAAGGAAAACUCAGCCCUUGCCCUUCUCUUACCAUCAGUUGAUUACAAAAAUUUGUACCCAAACACAAUUCGUGGAGGGAAAAGACCCACUGCAAUCUGAGAUUGCUUUUGAUGGCAGAUGAGUUUAUCUUUUUUGUAUCUAUCAUCUUUCAUAAAGGAUAUAGCAGCAUCUUUUGGUAAUUUAUAACUUGAAUGCCUGAGAUCCUGCUAUACUCUAACUGAAUGUGGGUUUAAUCUUUUCAGCCUUGUAAAUGGGAAAGUAAAUGUUAAAAUUAUUUUCAAAUGCUGCAUUUCCUUGGAAACCACCUUGGAAAAUUAGUGCUAUGGUUAUGUGUGAGUGUGUGUGUCAGUACUUCUCAGCCAGUAAAUUGUGAAUGUGAGUUUU